CCAUUUACCACACACCACCAAUCAAGCUUCACAGAGCUCACAAAUCAAACAUAUAGAGAACCAGUUACUUUUUUUGAGUGUCUAAAAAUUAAUUAUUCUAAUAAUUAGGGAUAAUUAUUGAUGGAGGGAGGAAAAUCAUCAUCAUCGUCGUCGUCAUCAAUUUCUAAUGGCAAUAAUGUUGAAGUAAGGUAUAGAGGGAUUCGUAGGAGGCCAUGGGGAAAAUUUGCGGCGGAAAUUCGUGACCCGACAAGAAAAGGGACAAGAAUAUGGCUUGGAACAUUUGAAACUGCUGAAGAAGCUGCAAGGGCUUAUGAUGCUGCUGCUUUUCAUUUCCGUGGCCAUAGGGCCAUUCUCAAUUUCCCAAAUGAGUAUCAAGCUCCUCUUAACCCUAAUUCGUCCUUGCCUUUGCCUCUUCCUGUUCAUCCUCCUCCUCCUGCUCCUCAUUCGAACACGAAUGCAUAUAAUUUGGGUUCGUAUUCGAAUGAGGGGAUAGUGCAGGGUGAUCAUAGUCAUGAUCGUGCUUUCGAAUUGGAGUAUUUGGACAAUAAGUUGUUGGAAGAACUACUCCAACAAGCUCAAGAUGAUGAUAGGUAUAUAUACCAGUGCAAUGAUCAUCAUACAUUUUACAGAUAAGUGAGAUUAGUUUGGUCGUUCGAAUCAUGGAAUCAUGCAUAUGCAAAGGUUAAUAAGAAGCAAGCAAGCUUAGAAUUACGAGAGUGUUAUCUGGCUUCAAAUUUAUUGUUCAUUACUUUCAUUCAUUAUUAAUUUUGUUUGUUUAUGUAUCUCAUCAAAGUUCUUUGGAA